AUGAAUCUAUCAAAAAGAUUCAAAAAAGACAAAAGUAAUAAUGAUAAUGAUGAUGAUAUUAUAAUAAUUGAAUCAAGAACAACAUCAUCAUUUAUAAAUGAAUUUUGUCAACAUAUUGAUACUAUAACAGGUGAACAUUGUAAAGAAUAUUAUUCAGUUGUAUGUAUACAUUGUAAUCUGUAUUUAUGUUAUAUACAUGUUGAAAUACAUCGAAUAAUAUUAAUAAAUGAACGUGAUCAAUUAAUAAAUGAAUUAAAUGAACGUAUUGAUGAAUUAAAUAAAUUAAUAGAAAAUCCAGAUAAACUAAAACAAAUAUUAAUUGAACAAAUAGAAAUAAAAUAUCAAAAGAAAGUUUCUUUUAUUCAACAAUUAAGUAUGGAAAAAUUAAUUGAUUUAAAUAAAAUAAUUAAUGAAUUAAAACAAUUAUUUCUUCCAAUACGAAUUAUUUUCACACAACAUGAAUGUGUUAGUUUAAUUCAAAUUAAAAAAAUUCAAGAAUGUUUUUUAAAAUUUGAUGAAAAUAAAAAGUUAUUAAUUAAUAAUAUCAUUGAUUCAAUUCCUAUGGAACAAAAUCAAUCGUUUAAUCUUUUCUAUUUAUCAAAUCUUGAUUCACCUUGUCGACAAUAUGAAUUACCUAUACAACGAUCAUCCUAUAAUGAAAUGGCAGCAAGUGAAGAUUUACUUGUUAUAAAUGAUCGUGAAAAUAUUCUUUUAUUUAAUUUAACAAAUAGUUUUGAUGAUACUUUAAUACCGGAAAUAAUUGAAUGGAAAAAUAAUCUUGAUGGAAAAAUUCUUGAUAUACAUUAUAGUUUUUAUUUAAAACUUUUUUUAAUUCUAACUGAUGAAAAAUUAUUUUCAUUUAAUCGUUUAUCAUCAUUUAAUAGUCUUUAUCGUUUUGCAUCUCUUCCAUGGUCAUGCACAACAUUAUUUAAUUCAAUUUAUAUUUUGUAUAAAUAUUCUACAAUUAUUGAACAAUGGACAUAUCAGCAAACAUCAUCAUCUAUAGAAUUGAUAAAACAAUGGAAAUUAAAUGAACUUAUACCAGAAUCUGAACAUGAUCAACAUUUAAGAUGUAUAAGAACAAAUCCUAGUCAAAAUCAAUUAGCUAUUUUAAUUGAAGAUGAUGAAUGCCGUUGGCGAAUAGCUUUAUUUGAUCAUAAUAUGAAUUGUUUGCAUCAAACCAAUAUGCUAAUGAAUGCAUCAACAAUAGAUUGGAAUCUUAUUUUUUCAUUUAUUUCUAAUCAACAAUUAAUAAUUAUGGAUGCAACUACAGAACAUAUUUAUUUAAUAACAAUUGAUCAAAAUAAUUCAUCAAUCGAAUAUAAACAAUUUUCCAAUUCAGACUAUCCCGUCAAUGCUUGUAUGAUAACAAACAAUGGUUAUAGUCAGUUAAUUCUUAAAAUGGUUAAACCAAACAUGCUUAAAUUUUUUCAAAUUUAA